AGGGCAGCUGUGCCCCGCCCUUUGACCCACCCGUUUACUGUCUAUAGACUCAUCUCGUUAAGAUGUGUUUUUUGUUACUGGGUUUUUUAUAACACGGUUCAUUGGCUCCGUUAGCUUUACAACUAUCCAGAAGAUCACUGUAGCCCAACUACGCCUUUUGCCAUCUGACUCAAUGGCCGACUUUGGGCUGUGAACGAACUAGAAGCGCCGUUUCGUAGCGACAACCAGACUAUACUUGUUAGCCCGACUGUUUUGGUUAACUGUUUUGGUUGUAACGUUAUGAAGUGACGUUGGACAUUAAAAGUCGUUGAUUUGAGAGGCUUAUGUUAAAAUUACGCGGUGACUUUUGAUAGGGCCGCGUGCAGCGAGACCGGCGCAUAUGUAAAACAUUUACAAGAAUCACAGAUUUAGCUUUUACACAGCUGUCUUAACUUGGACUAGCUGGGGAGCUAAACUGUCAUUAGCAUGGCGUCAGAUACGAGUGACACAGAGGAAUUCUACGAUGCUCCAGAGGACGUUAAUUUUACUCCAUCUCCUAAAGUGUCACCUGCAAAGUUUGUCAUUCCUUUACCUCAGGAAAACUCUGAGCCGGAUGUGAGCUGUUGCACGCCCGAGACUCAGCAAGACGAUCCUCUCCAGAUCAUCGAUAGCAUCAUUGAGGAGAGUCAAAAGGGAAGCGCUGAUGCUGGUGAGGUGGCUCAGUUGUUGGAUGAGCUCCAUGUUGAUGUUAGAACAGAACCAAAGGAAGAACUGUCCCCAGAGAACGUUCCUGCGGAGAAAUUAGCUCCGGCUGUUAGGCUUGAGCUAGUCGAAGGGUUGGAGGAGCAAGAGAAAAGCGUAGCAGCAAAUGGGGAAUGCUCUUUACCGGAUCCUGGACCUACAGACGCUCUAGGUCCAUCAUCUGCAUCACAAGAACAGGUACAACCUCCAGAUAUCACCAGCACCAUCGGACAGAGUCGGCCUGAAGCUGCUGUCGUGGCUCCAGGAGGCCAAAGGGAGCAGAGGCCCGCAGACCUCUUAGACCAAGUCCCCCUAACAGACAGGCCGUCUGAUUCAGACUCACCGGGGCCUUUGAAACCCCCCCGACAAUUCACAGUAGAACCAGAUAUUGUAGCCAGCACAAAAAAGCCUCCCCCCUCUCGCCCACCCCCACCUGUUGGCGGUCCCCCACGUAGACCUCCCCCACCCUCCAGGAACACCAUACCCUCCAAGAAGUCCCAGGAGAGCCUGAGGCCGUGUGGACUGGACGUUUCUGCAGUGAGUUCGGUCGGCUGUGAUUCUCUGGAUCCCUCCGGUCUGGUGUCUCCCUGCAGCACAGUGACGAGUCUCACCAAAGAUCUCCAGCAUUCCUUGGAUCUGGCCAGUGCCACCAGCGGGGACAAGGUGGUGACGGCACAGGAACAUGAGGACGAACAGGCCUCAUCGCAGAGUGUAGGACAUGCCGCAGGUCCUCAGCGCCCACGUUCCAACUCUGGUAGAGAACUAACAGAUGAAGAAAUACUGGCCAGCGUGAUGAUCAAGAAUUUAGACACCGGUGAAGAGAUUCCUCUGAUUCAGGCAGAAGAGAAACUUCCAGCAGGCAUCAACCCUCUCACUCUGCACAUCAUGAGGAGGACCAAGGAAUACGUCACGAAUGACGCAGCUCAGUCGGAUGAUGACGACAAGUCUCAGACUGCGCUAAUGGACACAGAUGGUGGAAAACUGAAGCAGAAAACAACUCAGCUGAAAAAAUUCCUGGGCAAGUCUGUGAAAAGGGCCAAGCAUCUCGCUGAGGAGUAUGGAGAGAAGGCGGUCAAUAAGGUCAAGAGCGUGCGUGAUGAAGUGUUCCACACAGAUCCGGACGACCCUUCAUCGAGUGAUGAUGAGGGCAUGCCUUACACCAGACCUGUAAAGUUCAAGGCCGCUCAUAGCUUCAAGGGUCCUUUCGACUUUGAUCAGAUCAGAGUUGUGCAGGACCUGAGUGGAGAGCACAUGGGGGCCGUUUGGACAAUGAAGUUUUCUCACUGUGGGAGGCUCCUGGCAACGGCAGGCCAGGACAACAUCGUUCGCAUCUGGGUCUUAAAGACUGCCUUUGAUUACUUCAAUAAUAUGAGAUUAAAGUACAACACUGAUGGUCUGUUCUCUAGGAACCCUGAUGGUCGAGUUUCCCCUUCUCCUUCCCAGGAAAGUUUAUGCUCCUCUAAAUCUGACACUGAUCCUGGGACGAGUUGUAUUCCAGAGGACCCGGAUACUGAAGACAGACAUACUCCUUUCCGUCAAGUCCCCUUCUGCAAGUACAAGGGUCACACUGCUGACCUGCUGGACCUGUCCUGGUCCAAGAACUUUUUCCUGCUCUCUUCUUCUAUGGAUAAGACGGUCCGAUUAUGGCACAUAUCCAGGAGAGAAUGUCUCUGCUGCUUUCAGCACAUAGAUUUUGUCACAGCCAUUGCUUUUCACCCCAGAGAUGACAGAUACUUUUUAAGCGGCUCUCUGGAUGGAAAACUACGACUUUGGAACAUUCCAGACAAGAAGGUGGCGUUGUGGAAUGAGGUGGAUGGCCAGACUCGGCUCAUCACUGCAGCCAACUUCUGCCAAAAUGGAAAGUAUGCGGUCAUCGGCACGUACGACGGCCGAUGCAUCUUCUAUGACACCGAGCGUCUGAAAUAUCACACUCAAAUACACGUGAGGUCCACCAGAGGGAGGAAUAAAGUUGGACGCAAAAUUACUGGGAUUGAGCCUCUGCCUGGUGAAAAUAAGAUUCUGGUCACUUCCAAUGAUUCCCGCAUCCGCCUAUACGACCUGAGGGACUUGUCUCUGUCCAUGAAGUACAAGGGUUACGUCAACAGCAGCAGCCAGAUCAAGGCCAGCUUCAGCCAUGACUACUCCUUUAUCGUGAGUGGCUCUGAGGAUAAAUACGUGUACAUCUGGAGCACUUACCAUGAUCUAAGCAAGUUCACAUCCGUACGACGGGACCGCAAUGACUUCUGGGAAGGGAUCAAAGCACACAACGCGGUGGUCACCUCAGCCGUGUUUGCACCUCAUCCAGGGCUCAUCGUCCCUCAGGAAACGGGAACGGAGAAGCCAGAAGCGGACCGUAAAAGCCUGGACUCCACAGACUCUGAAACGAUACCAUCAGGCGCCCUAAAAACCGAUCACACGGAGGUUCUUCUGUCUGCUGAUUUCACUGGAGCCAUCAAAGUUUUUAUCAAUGUUAAAAAGUACUGAGCAGUUCAGGGUCCUCUGCUCUUCAUGCACAGGUGUGCCUGUUAAGAGAUUAGUCCCUAACGAUGGAGGGCAUGUCCUAAUGGUGAUAGAUAAGGGACAGAAAACUGUUCACAAGUGACUAAAUGAGAUUCCUCGUCACAUUUCUGUUUUUAUCUUUCAAAGCAGGCAAACGUGAAAGAGUUGGUAAACAAAUGGAGCUGUUUAUGUACAUUUAUAGCUGAACGGCCCGGUCGCUAAGUUUUUUGCAUCAGAAUGAGCACCUUCCUGAUUUGCGUCUCACAUCUCAGAAGAAUAUGUUGCAACGGUUAAAUUCUAAUACCUUGUUUUAAAUUUGUCUUUUUGUCAAGUUGGAUUAAAAUCUUAUUUAUGGUCAUUUGUUUUCCCCACAGGAAGUGAUUUCCUUUCCUUUAACACCAACCCUUCCAUCACAUCCGCAGUAAAAGAUUCAGUUACUAAUGAAUCCUGCAGGGUUGUUCAGAAGUCACUGGGUCUCGUUUCUGUGUUCAGCUAAAGCACAUUUCAUGAUAGGACUGUAAAUCCGUUAAAUGGCAAACCUCCUGCUUUUGUAAACAACUUAUGUACUUUCCUCAAUAAAACUUUUCAGAAAUG